GAGCUGCAAGAUACCUGCCUUGGACUCUUGCAAGCCUGAUGCUGCAAUCAAAGCAUGGAAUGACGAGAUGUGCGACAUGCGGCCCUCAGAAGCCCGUACCAAGUUCUUUGAGAUGGUGGAUUCUCGAUAUAAGACCGCUUUAAAAUCGCAAGGCCGAUCAUCAUUUGUUAGGGAGGCUUUCAAAAACAUGUUGGGUGCUAUGCCACACGUAUUUGCUGUUUUGGUCAUCCCGAUGCUGUUUCUUACAUCGAAACAGCGGUGGCUGGUCACUUGCGCAUACGCUUCUCAGCGACUGAAAAUGGGCUCUGGAGUAAUACUAAUACUGGUUAUCCAUCAGAGCCCCUUCUGUCUUGCAUCGCAGCAAUGUUACUCCAUGAAUUACCUAGACAACUACCUGAUGCUUUGUCUGUCUUGCAGAGCAGGAUUGGUAGUGGGAUGGUUGAAAUCGGACAGAGCGGAGAGUUGAUCAGCAGACUUUUGCUGCUUCUUGCCAAGGACCUCUUUAUCCGCCUGCCAGUGAACCACUCUAGAAAUGUGAUCCGGGGUGUACUCUGUUUCGAAAAUGAGCACUCCGAACUGCUGGACUGCAAGGACGUCUCUGUCAUCGAUUUCUUGGAAUACCUUUUUGGCACGGCGUUCUGGUCGGAGGCGGGAGAGGAGGCCGAGACAGCUUUUGAGGAUGCCUACAUCAAUUUUUCUCAUUGGAUAUCUAUGGAAGAGUUUAUCUCGCCUCCGGAUGCCAGUGAUUUCGAAGAUGGUACAUCGGCAAGUGCUAGAUGCGAUGCUCAAGAAUGGACAUUGCGACAUUGGCAUCGCACAAGCGCGGUGCAAUGCUGCCCUCUGCAGCCGCUAGUCGACAAGAUGAUCCCUAUAUAUUUUGACGAUCCCGACCUUGGCCCCGAUUUGAAACGCAUGUCCCAAAUUUUCAUUUCCGACAAAGCGGGGAAGAAUAGCAAUAUAGGAGAUCGAGGUUACAAUACGCGCACGCAUGAUACGAUUCAGUGCCAAUCAGAUCUCCCCUACAUCGCUCUCCUUCUCGAUCUCAAUAGGGACCCGGGCCCGCAGCUUAGCGCUACAUAUCCGAAGAGGGACCCAAGCGAUCCUGAAACAGGCAGAUGUCUGCGGAUCUACGCUUCUGGAAUGAGCAACACCACGUUUCCAUUCUUACGUCGACAUCCUGACGCUGUAGAAAGGUUACGAGGCAUUCUCUCUCGACAGAAUGAAGCACCAUCGCAGACGACACUUCAAGCGCUCGUCAGAUUCGGGAGUACUGCCAGGUUGCGCAACUUGCAGUGGGAGGCACAAGAAGAGUUGUACUCGGGCAAUUGAGCAGCUAGCAGAUGUGCGUACCUUGAUAAGAAUUUUUGAAGAUUAUCCCAAUGGCAUACAAAACACAAGCACAUACUAUUUCAAUUCAGUCGUUGGUUUUCCUUUACUUUUUACAUGCGAAGCGAUGCACAUGCGCCAUAUACUAGUAGAUACCAAUGAUCGCAUCAAUUGCGGCCCUUCUACUAUGCUGCUUCCUGAUCAUUGUGUGCUCAAUAUCAACCU